AUGCCGUGCGGAAUCGGAGGAAACAAGACGACCCAGCGGAAACUGGUGCUAUUAGGAGAUGGAGCUUGUGGGAAAACAUCGCUGCUGAAUGUGUUCACAAGAGGUUAUUUCCCAACGGUCUACGAGCCUACCGUCUUCGAAAAUUAUGUACAUGACAUCUUUGUCGACAAUGUCCACAUCGAGCUCUCCCUCUGGGAUACAGCGGGUCAAGAAGAAUUCGAUCGACUCCGCUCCCUCUCCUACGACGACACCCACGCAAUCAUGCUCUGUUUCUCAGUCGACAGUAAAGACUCCCUCGAGAACGUCGAAUCAAAAUGGGUUGGGGAGAUCGCCGAGAACUGCCAAGGCGUCAAGCUGGUCCUGGUUGCGUUGAAGUGCGAUCUGCGAGAACAAAGCGCGGAAGAAGAGGCGGACGCAGAUGGCCAACAUAGAGAGAAGAAGGAGAUGGUCAAUUAUAACCAGGGAUUGGAGGUCGCGAGGAGAAUAAAUGCGCUGAGAUACCUGGAGUGUUCGGCGAUGCGGAAUCGUGGGGUUAAUGAGGCGUUCACGGAGGCCGCUAGAGUGGCGUUGAGCGUAAAGUCGAAUGGGGGAAAAGACGAUUCGAAGUGCAGCGUGAUGUAG